AAGGAUUCAGGAAAAUCAGAGAGGCUCUAUAGAGCAGAAACACAAAAAUGGCUUGAGGGUGGGAGGAAAAGCCUGGCAGAAAGAGAAUUAAGUGACUCAGUAUAUUUAGCUUUUCAGAAAGACAGAUGAGAGGGGGUUUGCUUGUAGCAUAUGUGUAGUGUCACAAAGAGAAAAUGCUAGUCCCUGAAAGGCUCUUUAAUCAAGCAGAAGGCAGAAUAAAAUGGUAUGUCUGCAAGCUGAAGCCAGACACAGGAAGGUGGGAUGCUCUUCUGAACGUGAGGGUGAGGGACUCCUGAAGCAGACCCAGAAAAGUGGGAGUCUUCAAUGCUUGUCUUCAAUUCAAGCCUACAUCCUCUCUUGGGAACUAUGAGUGAACCAAACAUAGUGUAUUGGAAUCACUGCAAGGAGAUGAACUGCUGAGCAGGGUGCUGGCCAGGGGCUUGCACUCACACGGCCACCUGCCAGGCGGAACCACUGGGUCACUUCAUCUGAGGAAGACUCUAGGAAAACUGGUCCAGUCAGGCAGAGCACUUGGGGAGGCGAUCAGGCAGGCUCCAGGUGUUUACCUGCUCCCAAAGCGGUCAUGUAGAAGAGCAGAUUUAAUGUGAAGAUGGGACUCUUGGUGUUCAUGCGUAACCUGCUGCUAGCCCUCUGCCUCUUUCUGGUACUGGGAUUUCUGUACUAUUCUGCUUGGAAGUUGCACCUUCUCAGAUGGGAGGAUUCAAAUUCAGUGGUUCUUUCCUUUGACUCCGUUGGACAUACAAUAGGCUCAGGAAGGAGAGAGAGAAAAACUGUGGCUAUUGUGCUUCCGCUGUCCAUCCCAUCUCACCUUGCUGCAGACCCAGGAAAAGACAGAGCCCAGAAACAGCCCACAGAAACCAUGGCAGCUCCAGGCCCAGCCAUUCCCAAAUAUGACAGACUGGGCUUUCUCCUGAACCUGGACUCAAGAUUGCCUCCAGAACUGGCAUCAAAGUAUGCCAAUUUCUCUGAGGGAGUGUGCAAGCCAGGCUAUGCAUCAGCGCUCAUGACUGUCAUCUUCCCAAAGUUCUCGAAGCCGGCACCAAUGUUCCUGGAUGAUUCCUUCAGGAAGUGGGCACGUAUCAGGGACUUCGUACCCCCCUUUGGAAUUAAAGGACAAGAUAAUCUGAUCAAAGCCAUCCUGUCAGCAACCAAAGAUUAUCGUCUAACUCCAGCUCUUGACAGUCUCAGCUGCCGGCGAUGUAUUAUUGUGGGAAAUGGUGGAGUACUUGCAAACAAGUCAUUGGGGUUAAAAAUUGAUGACUAUGAUGUUGUUGUCAGGCUGAACUCAGCUCCAGUGAAGGGCUUUGAAAAAGAUGUGGGUGGCAAGACAACACUCCGGAUCACAUAUCCUGAAGGUGCAAUCCAGAAAAUGGAGCAGUAUGAGAAGGAUUCCCUGUUUGUCCUGGCAGGAUUCAAAUGGCAGGAUUUCAAGUGGCUGAAAUACAUUGUUUACAAGGAGAAAGUGAGUGCCUCUGAUGGCUUUUGGAAGUCAGUGGCAACCCGUAUCCCAAGGGAACCUCAUGAGAUCCGUAUCCUGAAUCCCUACUUCAUCCAGGAGGCAGCUUUCAGCUUCAUUGGACUGCCUUUCAACAAUGGCCUGAUGGGCAGAGGGAACAUCCCCACCCUGGGAAGCGUAGCAAUAACCAUGGCGCUGCACAACUGUGAUGAGGUGGCGGUGGCUGGGUUUGGCUAUGACAUGACUUCACCCAAUGCACCUCUGCACUACUAUGAGAACAUCAAGAUGUCUGCCAUCAAAGAGUCCUGGACGCACAACAUCCAGCGGGAGAAGGAAUUUCUGAGAAAGCUGGUGAAAGCCCGAGUCAUCACUGACCUAACCAGUGGGAUUUGAGUGGCUGCAGCCACUGUAUCCACGGGAGAAGACAAAGAAAUGCUGCAGCUCUGGGAGCAGGCACUGGCAGCCCCCUGCAAGAAUCCCACCUCACUGAAGACACACAGAGAUGCCCAGCUGCUCUGGGAAGACCCUCUUGCAUUGCCAGUCUGCAUGAGGGUUACAUCUCCCACCUCCAGGCCUAGAGCUGGCAGGAGGGGAGCAAGGGGUUGAGUGGGCAGUUCUUGAACUCUGCAUCACAGACAGAUCUUCUGCAUCCUGAAUUAGACAGGAAAGAUUCAGGAGAGAGAAGAAAGGUUUGUGAAUAAAAUGAUUAGUGCCAAAUGGGAGGUGAUGCUGCCCCACAGCAGCAAAGCCUGAAUGUACAAAGUAUUAUUUUUUAAAAGACUCUGCUGGAAUCAUACUAGAAAUACCAAGGUACAAGGCAAAGUCUACUUGUGCACAGCCCUGUGAAAAACCUGGCCUCUUCAUGCUCCAUCUGCGUUGUCAGACCUUUCCCCAGGAAAACAAAUCCACCCAAAACUUCGGUGUCACUGGUGCUGCUACAGUUCAAAGGGAGAAUAACAGCUUCCUCUCAUUUUCCACUUGGAGCUUCUGGAUGGAGAUGAACAUGGGUUUGUUUUUCUGCAUUUUUCCUCGCUUCCUGCACAGAGGCAGCAACAGCAGCAGCCACCGACUUGGCUGUGUUUUUCACAGCCAUUUGCUCUGCUUCUACCCUGACCCCGAGGUGGAGCAGGGAGCCAGUGGCUUUCUCCACAUACAGCAGACCCUCCCCACCUUCCUGCCUGUCACAGUGCAGAGGAGCCUGCCCUGUUGUGCUCAAGGCUUUCAGGCCUCUUGGUUUGUGCCUGCUGUGCAGGGCCCCCAUGGAGUCCGUGUCACUGUUUCUGGACAGCAUCUCUCUUUGGUUUUGUGUGGGAGGGCAGUAAUUUGUUCUUUGGAAGGAGGUCAGAUCUUGAGCAGAGAUCUCAAGCUUUACGGUUUGAGAGCAGACUGCUGAAGAUGUUUGUUUUACGUUCCAGACUCGAUCAUGUUCCCUAUUUAAGCGACACGUGACCUCAAUGAUGAUGGAACCUGAUGGGAACUCUCAUCCUCUGCUCAGCCCCUGCUUACUCCAUUUCCAAGCUCCUCCCAUGCUGCUCCUCCUGCUCUCAGGAGCAAGUCCUUCCUUUGCCAUCCCAAGAUGCACUAUUUGCACAUUUGAUUUGUAUACGUAUUUCAGAGGAGCUGGAAUAAACUGAUCAACGUGGCCACGUGCGAGGGCAGCAGGGUGUUCUCAUCCACCUGAAGAGCGUGGGCAGAGGGGAGAUUGCCAAGGGAAUGAGCGGUUACAUGUGGAAAGUGGCUCCUGUGCUCUCCUAGCCUGGAGCAGGCUGGAGUACACCCACAGGCACUGCCCCAGUCUCAAGGCACUGGCACACAGCCAGCUGGUGCUGGGGUCAGUGGAGGGGGAUCCCAGAGGGGUGUGGGUUGGGCUCACGGUGCUGGCAUGGGCAAGGAAUGGUCAGAGCAGGGCUCACGUGGCUCCCCCAGACCAGCUCUGUACCCACUGACUUACAGGGACUGUGACUUUGGACCUGAGACCCUCCAGGGGGUGUGCAGGAGGGACAGGCAGUGACCUAGGCGUGGGGCAGACGAGCAAACUGUGCAGAAGGGUUUGAGAGCAGGCUGCAGACAGAGGCAGCUCCCAGGACGUGGCACUGAGUGCUGCUUACAGACCAGUGUGGGAUGUGUCCCUCAGGAGCCUCUCCUCUCUGCUGUGCCUGUAGCCAAGGAGCUUGCUCAGGGGCAAGUCCUGUGCAGCUUCUUGAUGUGCUUCUGUUCCCCUUGUCGUCUGGGAGCAGCUCAAAGAUCCUGCUGCUUCUGGGCAGCAAAAGGCAUGCUGGGAGGCUCUCCUUCCCUUUACCUUUCCCAUGUGCCAUCCCCACUGCUCUGGCCUCCCAGCCAGGCAGUCCCUGUUCCCACAGGGACAUGCCUCCUUCCAGGAUGCUCUGUGAAGUUUGCAGCAGGUUUUUGAGCAUAUGCUGUGGCAUAUCUGCCCUUUUGAAGUAUCUCCCAGGGUUUUUUUUUCCUUCUUGAGGAGUUCAUGGGACUGGAUUUCCAUAGCUCUCACCAGGCAACACUCCCUUUGCAGUUCCUGGGUGUCGGCCUGGACUUGGGACCAUCUUCUGUUGAGUCCAAGCCAUGCUGGCAGUGGGAAUGCUUGGUCUGGAUCUGGCUGAGGUUGUGGCUGGGGAAGGGUUGACACCCACUCUCUCUCUGUCUUGGUGCUUUCACCAGCUGCCAUGAGAGCCCUAGGGCUGUAUGCAUGGGCUGCAGUGAGCUGAGAUGGCAGAGUGGGCAGCUGCAUCCAGAAGGAGGACGGAAGAGCCUUUGGUGUCUGUGCUGGGCUCCUCUCCACCCACUGAUGAAGGACCCCCACAGGGGAUUGUGAUGGCAUUAAUUUCAUUAAGACUGGUUUAUUGAACACUACAAAGCUACAGGGCCCUUUUAUCUUCCAGCUCACUGGCUCCAGGUCCAAGUACACAGCAUGGCCACUGCUCAGCCUUCCCUGUCAUGCCAGCUCUCCACCACAGCCAUGAACAGGUCCUGAUGGGAAGUCGACCCUACAGACCAGGGAGGUGACUCCAAGCCCUUCCCUCCACCUUGACAGGAGUCUCCAGGCAGAAGAGUCCAAGUGGUGCCCGUGAUGAGUGCAUGGCCCAGAGUGACUGUGGUGGGUCAGGACCACCUGCAAGUAGAAGGAAAGAGUGUUUAGGGACCAAGAUUCUCCUCCAGCUCACUGGCUCCACAGAGCAGCCCAUGGCCAGGUGAUGGGGCUCCAGCUCCAGGAGCAGUGCACAGCACUGGGUUUUGCUCCUGGUGCUGUUCCUUUGGCUGUCUCCAUGGGCACCUGCAGCCACCUCCCGCCCUUGAAACGCUGCAGUGCUGGCAGCUGAGAGCAGUGCAGGCGGGUCAGAGCAGGGUCAGUGGGGCGGAUGUGAGUCCUGGCCUCUCCCUCGCAGUGACUCACCUUGUCAGAUCGGAAGGGAGAGCCCAGGGGAAUUCUCCACAGCCUAAAUAUAGAGCGGGGUUGCCUGGUGCCUGUGAUGCGCUGCGGUGCAGAAAGGCCACUCGGGUGGCAGGGAACCUGCCUAGAGACAGCCCAGGGACUGUCAGGGAGAUCAGGGGCCAGUGACCACAGUGGGUUUUACUCCAACGAGUGCAGAGAGCAGGUCUGGGGAGCUGCAGGGCAGCCUGCUCUGGAGGACAGGAGCUGCCAGAGAGCUGCUGCUGCUGUGCUGACCACACCAUGAGCUGCUUGUCCAUUUGUGGCAGUGCCCAUCACGCUGGCAUUGGGCUCUCACCACCAGCUCAUUCUGUUAGGCCUGGCCAUGCUGUGGCCUCAAGCUCACACAUGCCAAAGGUGGCAUAUCCCACUACCAUGGCCAGGUAGAAUGAGGCAGCAAUGGAAUCCAGCCCAGCAUUCCUCAUCCCAGCAUCUCUGGGCUUCCAGUGUGUCCUUCCUUGGAGGAAGAAGUGAAGCCCUGCCUGACCAUGCUGUGCUGCCCCUCAGCGUGAGCACUGCUGGGAGUGGGGAAAGGUGUCAGGACAGGGCUGUCUGUGCCAAAUGGGCGCAGUUGGUUGGGUACACGGGCAAGGGCUUCCAGAGUGUCUGGCAGGGAGGCAGCCACCACGCCGAGCUCCACGGGCACCAGCACAGCGUGUGCUCUCGGUCCGAGCGUAUCACUCGCAGUAUUAGAGAUGUGUCCUUCAGUGCAGGAGCCCUUUGGGGCCACUGCCCAGCCCCUCUGGGCUCAGGCUCCUUGCACAGCCUGCACAGGGUCUCAAAAAGGCCAGUGCAUUUGUCGGUACUGUACCAAGCCAAGAUGCAAGAACUCAAUGAGUUUUUAAAAUUAGUUUUAGUUUCUGCAUUUUUUUUUAAUUUCCCCUCUAGGCAGGGAGGGUAAGAGUCUUGCAGGCUCCUCCAAGCCGGCUUAUGUCACAUCAAUUCAGUCAUAUCACAGAAGCAAUAAAGCUAUCAAACAAGCUUGGCUGGCCUCUUUCUUCUGCUGCCUUGGGCCUUUUUUAUGGGAGGCAGAGGGAUUCCCCUGGUUGGGCUGUCCCCUGCGUGGUUUCACUGCUGACUCCUCCAGAACAGUAAUCCAGCUGCCAAGAGCUGCAGCUGGCCAAUGCCACUGGCUUGGUGCUGGAGACAGGAGAGGGCUGUGCUCCUCCUUGCAGGUGACUUUAAGGGGUGGGAGAGGGGAUUGCAGGUUGGAUUCAUUUAGUGUUGGAAGGCACAGGCAUCAGAGCUUGUCCUGCCUGUGACAAGCUGCCUGUGACUAUGACUGCUCUCCUGGGGGCUCCCUGCCAGCAGGAUGAUUUCCCACCAAGGUCGGGAAGCAGCAAUUGGGCUGGGUGUGGCCCUGACAAAGGCAGGUGUCCAGCCAAGUGACCUUCUCACCACAGUGUCCUGGAAUAGGAAAUGGUUUAGGAAGCCAGGGACCGAGGCUGUGACCAGCUCUCAUACCUGCCAAGUCCCAGCUGGAGGAGUGUAACCCCUUAGGCAAACCCUGGUGAUGCCACCA